CAAUCGACUUAAAAACUUUGAUAAGUUCUUGUCAGAAAGAAGCAGUGAAGUCAGAAAGGUUGCAUCUAGUUCUUGGGCAUUCUGAUAAUGGAGAUCUUCGAACUGACGACUCAGGGUCCCCUAAUGAAAAAAGGCACGUCAUUACACACUUAAGUAUGCUAGUUGAAGGUAAACUAUUGCCUGAUGUUACUGUUCUUAUUACAUCACGACCCACAGCUGAACAUAAAUUUCGAGAUAUGGAAUUCGCGAGGACAGUUGAAAUCUUGGGCUUUUUUGAGGAUGAGAUAAAAGAAUUCGUGGAAAAGUUUUGUCAUGAAGAUAGGAAUAUUGCUGACCGUAUUCUAAAUAAGAUUGAAAUUUCUCUUGAACUUCGCAGCUUUUGUUACAUCCCUAUUAACACUAAAAUUGUUUGUAUGACCUUAAAGGAAUGUUUUGCAGAUGAUGAAAACUAUAGUCCAAAGACUAUCACUGAAUUGUACGAUAGAGCAAUUAAAGUAUUACUAUGGCAAAGCCAUCCCCUUCUCAGGGGCAAGACUACAGAAAAGGAUUACUUGAGAAUUCCUUUACCAUCCGAGCUUGAUAAAGAUCUACAAGAAAUAAAAUAUGUUGCCAUGGAAGGGCUUAAAGACGGACGCCUGAUUUUUGAAAGAAAAAGUAACAGUAACUUUAAAAAUCUGGAAAACUGUGGCAUUUUCAAUAAGAUUUAUGAUGAUGAGCGCCAUCUUUACUGUUUUCUUCAUUUGACUCUUCAAGAGUUUUUAGCAGCGUGGUAUAUUGUUGACGAUUGGCAAAACAUUGGAAAGUUUUUGGAUGAUCAUGCUAAAGAUCCUAAAUGGUAUUUAGUAAUCGAAUUUGCUGCUGGUUUGGUUGGAAAUGAAAAGAAAAAGGAGAAGGGAAAAGAUAUCAGCGUUAUUCUAGAGAGGUUAGAAAGUUGGAUCUCACAUUUAUUUUUCUCAGAGGGUAAUAAAGCACUUGGUUUUCUUGGAAUGAAGUGCUUAUACGAAUUACGAGACGACGAUGAGAUGAGAUCAAUUUGCGAGUCAAAUAAUUUUUCUGAAACAAUAUCCAUUGACAGCGUUUCUUUCACGCCUCUUGAUUCAAACGCCUUCUUUGAAUUUCUCUCUGAAUGCCGACAAAUAAGAAAACUCGCGUUUUUUUCAUGCCAAUUUCCUGAUAAUCAUAGCGUCAUUAGAUUGUCAAAAUAUUUCACAAAUGCAACAGCAUGCAAUGUAUUUUCUUUAAAAAUAAACUCCUGUUCUGUUAAAAAUAUAUCAAAACAUCUUAGUGAAGCUUUAAAAAGUGAAAAUUGUAAACUUAGUGAAUUGGAAAUUAGAAAAAACAAUAUAGGUGAAGAAGGUGCUAAAUAUCUUAGUAAAGCUUUAAAAAGUAAGAAUUCUAAACUUACUAAAUUGAUUAUCAAUAGCAACAACAUGGGAGAUAAAUGUGCAAAAUAUUUUAGCGAAGCUUUGACAAGUGAGAAUUGUAAACUUACUGGAUUGUCUCUUAGUCAUAACAAAAUAGCAGCUGGAGGUGCAAAGUAUCUUAGUGAAGCUUUAAAAAGUGAGACUUGUAAACUUACUAAAUUGUCUCUUGAUUAUAACAAUAUAGGUGAUGGAGGUGCAAAAUCUCUUAGUGAAGCUUUUAGAAUUGUAAUGUAA